AUGGCGAAAACAGAGGAUGCUGAGGCGAUGUGGAUGGCCGCACAACUCGAGGCCAACAUGCACCUCGAUGGAGUGGACGACGUGGACGAAGAACUGCUGCGCGAUGUGCCGUGCGCCAACGAUGCACUGCCGCCGCAGGAGGGCGUGACGAUGGGGAUGCCGCUCGGGACGACGUUCUCGGCUGUUGCUGGAGCCUCUGCCUCCACGUGGGACGGCCCAUCUGGUGUGGCGGCGUUGCAGGCAACAAAAACUACAACAAACGCACCAGAAGCGGCGACUAAAGGCGUCUGUGCAUUCCCGCCGCUGUCGCAGAUGAGUUUUAUGCUUCGCGGUGACAACGGCGUGGUGCGCUGGCUGACAGCAUCAGGGCUAGAGGAGCGGCGCGCCUCACGAAAGCGGGGGAGAGAGGCGGGUGAGGGGGCCAACGAGCCGGAAUGUGAUAUGGAGAAAGCGGAGGAAGAGGAGGAGGAGUUUACGCUGAGUGUGGCGCGGGAUCUGCGCAGGAUGCGCAGUGGCGGCGGGGGCGGCCUUGGCUAUGUGAACGUCCCAGCCCUUCUGCAGGAGCUGUACGAGGAGGCUUCAACCACUGCGGCUGCUAUUUUGAGCAGUGGCCUGCAACAGGAGCGACAACAGCAGCAGCAGCAGCAGCAGAAACGUCAACAGCAGGAGGGAGACACGCUGUGGGUGAUCAAGUACAGCCCUAAGCGGUUUCGCGAUCUCCUCAGCGACGAUGCCAUCAACCUCAAGCUAUUGCAGUGGAUGAAGAGCUGGGACGCGUACAUAUUUCAAGACACGUCAUCAGCCAGCGGCACGGCACCAGCAGCAGCAGCAGCAGCUGCUUCCCUGCGCCCUGACGAUCGUCUGGCGGUCUUAGUGGGCCCGCCUGGGGUUGGAAAGACGACCCUCGCGCACGUGCUCGCCGUGCACUGUGGGUAUGAGCCGAUUGAGAUCAACGCGAGUGUUGACCGCGCCGCGUCGAGGAUGGAGAACGCCAUUCAACUCGCACUUGCGCCAGCACGUGGGCGGCGACGUGCGGUGCCGUCUGCCUCUUCCGCUUUGGCCGCAGACGGUGGUGCUGCAGCAGCAGCAAGAGAGGAGGAAGGUACAUCACUUGUGGACAUGCUGUUGCGGCCUAAGUGUCUUAUAAUUGACGAGAUGGACGGCAUUGCUGCCAACGUGGCGACAUUUCUUCUGCAGCAGGACAUCCAUUGCCCGGUGCUGUGUCUCUGCAACGAUUACUACGUGCCGUCGCUGCGGCCACUGCGGCGGCAGUGUCAACAUGUGUACCACUUCCCGCCCAUCCGUCCGCAGCGGCUGCUCUCCCGCCUGAGCGAGAUCACCGAGCGUGAGGGCUUAGCCGUGAGCCAGGCGGUCCUCGCGGAUUUGGUGCAGUCCAGCAACGGUGACGUUCGUUGCUGCCUGAACACGCUGCAGUUCCUCUACCGCCAUGUCUCGCAGUCGGCGGAGGCAGUGGGAGCGUUGCAGCUGAUUCGGGAAAUGCAUGGCAAGGACAGCACACUCGGCCUCUGGGAAACCUGGAGGACCGUGCUCGAGCGGAAGGAGCGAGGCAGGUACAUUCAGCUUCUGCGCAAGGAGUACGGUAUGGACUACGAGGCGGCGGUAAUGGCGGGCAGCAAGAAUGCGUCCGCGGCCAACGGGGCAGGAAUAGUGAGGGCGAGUGGCCAACACGAAAAAGAACUGCAGCAGCACCAGCAGGGGCGCGUUACGUUGGGUUUCCGCGUGGAUCCUGGCCACGUGUAUGUUUCCCGUGUGGUGCAGCAGUGCGCUGACACGAGCACGCUGCUCGACGGCCUGCAGGAGUACUACCUGCAGCGGCCGUACGCGGACUACUCGCUGCGGCGCACCCGCGACAUGGCGGACGCCUUCUCCUUCCAGGACCACCUUUCCACCUGCGCCCACCGCCACGCCGCCUCCGCCGCGCUGAUCCCCUUCGCCGAGCAGUACGCGCACACAACCGCCGCUGCCUGCUUCAGCCGCUGCAGCACC